CCCCCGGGGGGCCGGGGAGCAGGAGCUCCACGAGCCGCCGCUCGGCGUCUUCUCCGCCGCUCGGAUUGUGGGACCGCGACGCCCCGGCAUGAGGGGGACGCCGCUGACUGCUCCCCGGGGUUCAGAGAGCCGAGAGGCCGCGAGGAUACGGAAGAGCAGACAGCCGUGAUUCUCUGGGGGGGGGCGGUGGGAGGGCCGCCGGCUCCCGAAUGUACCUGGAAGCCGGGGGGCAAGCAGGUACUUGUUGAAUAAGCACAAUCAUCUCCGAAGUCCCGAACGGCGCCGAGUUUCUCCGUUUUUGCCAAUAUUUUGGAGACUGUUCGAUGUGUUGUCCAUUCGACGUAAGAUGACGGCUUUUUAAAACUCUUUCUAGAAGAAGUAAACAAUGACCACCCCGGCUCUGUUGCCCUUGUCUGGACGUAGGAUACCACCCUUAAACCUGGGGCCGCCCUCCUUUACCCAUCACAGGGCUACAUUAAGACUAUCGGAGAAGUUUAUCCUCCUCCUUAUUCUUAGUGCCUUCAUCACCCUAUGUUUUGGGGCAUUUUUCUUCCUUCCGGACUCUUCAAAACACAAACGCUUUGACCUGGGUUUAGAGGAUGUGUUGAUUCCACAUGUAGAUACCAGCAAAGGAGAAAAAGACAUUGGAGGCUUCUUGAUCCAUGGACAAGGACAUGAUGAACACAGACACAGGGAAGAAGAAGAACGCCUGAGAAAUAAAAUUCGUGCUGAUCAUGAGCGAGCUCUAGAAGAGGCAAAAGAGAAACUAAAGAAGUCUAGAGAGACAAUACAAGCAGAGAUUGAAACAGAAAAAAAUAGGGUAGCCCAGGAGAUAAAGAAGAAAGAAACUAAGCCACUGCCACCAGUCCCUUUACCAAACCUCAUAGGAAUAAAUGGUGGAGAACCAGAAGAUGAAGACACCAGAGAAAAGAGGGAAAAAAUUAAGGAGAUGAUGAAACAUGCCUGGAGUAAUUAUAGGAAAUAUGGCUGGGGGCACAAUGAACUUAAACCCAUUGCUAUGAAAGGACAUUCCACUAAUAUAUUUGGAAGUUCAAAAAUGGGUGCUACUAUAGUAGAUGCUUUGGAUACUCUUUAUAUCAUGGGACUUCAUGAGGAAUUCAAAGAAGGACAAGAGUGGAUUGACCACAAUCUUGAUUUCAGUGUGAAUUCAGAGGUGUCUGUAUUUGAGGUCAAUAUUCGUUUCAUUGGAGGACUUCUUGCCGCAUAUUACCUUUCAGGACAGGAGGUAUUCAAGAACAAAGCAGUGCAGUUGGCAGGGAAACUCCUUCCUGCCUUUAACACACCUACUGGGAUUCCCUGGGCAAUGGUGAAUCUGAAAAGUGGAAUUGGGCGAAACUGGGGUUGGGCCUCUGCAGGUAGCAGCAUUCUGGCUGAAUUUGGUACUCUGCAUAUGGAAUUUGUUCACCUCAGCUAUUUGACAGGGGACCCAGUCUACUACCAAAAGGUCAUGCACAUUCGGAAACUGCUUCAGAAAAUGGAUCGGCCUGAUGGGCUUUAUCCAAACUAUUUGAACCCCAAAACGGGCCGAUGGGGUCAGCAUCACACAUCAGUUGGUGGGCUAGGAGACAGUUUUUAUGAUACUACUGAAAGCAUGGUGAUGUCAGAUAAAACAGACAUUGAAGCAAGGAAGAUGUAUGAUGAUGCAAUUGAGGCCAUAGAAAAGCAUCUUAUUAGAACAUCCAAUGGUGGUCUAACAUUUAUUGGAGAAUGGAAGAAUGGACACUUAGAAAGGAAGAUGGGUCAUUUGACCUGCUUUGCUGGAGGAAUGUUUGCUUUGGGAGCAGAUGGUUCCAGAAAGGAUAAAGCUGGGCAUUAUUUACAACUUGGAGCAGAAAUUGCACAUACAUGUCAUGAGUCAUAUGACAGAACGGUGUUAAAACUGGGUCCUGAAGCAUUCAAAUUUGAUGGUGGUGCAGAGGCUGUAGCUGUGAGGCAGAAUGAAAAGUAUUACAUUCUCCGCCCAGAAGUAAUUGAAACUUACUGGUACAUGUGGAGAUUCACUCAUGACCCCAAAUACAGGCAGUGGGGCUGGGAGGCAACUGAGGCUAUUGAAAAGUAUUGUCGAGUCAGAGGUGGAUUUUCUGGGAUCAAGGAUGUGUAUUCUUCUGCUCCUGCAUACGAUGAUGUACAGCAGAGCUUCUUCCUUGCUGAGACACUGAAGUAUUUGUAUUUGCUCUUCUCCAAUGAUGACCUUUUACCUUUAGACCACUGGGUGUUUAAUACAGAAGCCCACCCUCUGCCUGUGUUACAUUUAGCCAACACCACACUUUCAGGAAAUCUUGAUUUACGGUAAAAGCAGCUCAAGAGGAGAGACUUGACUCACCUGUGUUUUGUUUACAUGGACCAAUGCAGAGACUGGGCUGGAGAGGGGGACUCUUGGAAACCUGGGCCUCCAAGUCAGGAUGUCAGGGUGAGAAGCGACUACUCCACUCGAAGCUCUUCAACCUAUAGAUAAACUAACUUUGAAAUUAUUCCAUUUUAUACCUGACCAAAAUAUGCUCCACUAUUUGCAGGACAGAGACCUGAUGUGCUUUAAAUCCUAAUGAGAAGGUCAUAUGGGGGGAAAUGCCUGUAUUGAUAAAGAAUCCUGGAGUCAGGAGAAUGAACAGACACACAGAAUUCUGUGCUGCAGAGUUACUGACCGCCUUUGCAGCAAAUGAUGUAUUUGUUUCCUUCUGACAUGGAAGGGGAUCCUAAAUACUUUGUUUUUCCUCGCUCCCUUCCCUCCCCCUAAGGAACCAUGAAACAAGAACAGUGCAACAGCAGAACUGCACCAGCAGCAGCAGCCACAGGAUUGUAAACUGAAAGGGAAAUACUGGCCCUGUGUCUUUAUGAAUUAUCAAGUCCCCAUUUGGUGACCAGCCUGGCAGCCAUUUCAAGCAUCCCCAUCUGUUUCAUUAAUACCCCUUGAUUGAGUGGUUUUUUUCUGGGACGUGAGUUCACCAAGGAAAUACAUUUCCCGUCUUUGUCUCCAUGUGGAAUCAUCAAAUCUGCAGUAUUUUUCAUAUUCACAUUUUUGAGAACCUAGGUUUGGGAAUUUUGUGCAUGUAGCUCAGUCAAGUAUUGGUAGCAUGACAAAAAAAAAAAAAGCCCCAUAUUUCCUUGAAACCUGUUCUAAGAGAAAGCUUUGUUAUUUUGGGGGUGGGAGCACUUUCCUCAAGCAGAAGGUAAAUGCUAGCCUCUUUAGCCUCCAUGAUAAACUCAGUACAGUCAUUUACCUUUCAACCAUUGUGAAUGUUUAUGUUCAAAAUGUUCUUCUGUAGCUCUGAGUUUCUCUUCAUUGCCUUGAUGAGCUCAAUUAUUACUACACCUUAACCAACUUAUAAAAAGAUAAGACACCAAAACUUGUUUGAUAUUCAACCCCACCUCCUAGCCCCUCUCUCAAUGCAAGUUGGAUUAACUGUCCCACUACAAAUCAAUUCAGUCUUCUCUGGAGACAUUUAUGGGUUGCCAAAAAAUUGUCAAAAUAGUCUUCAACGAUAAAGGCGUGGUGCAGAUAAGCAUGUAACACAUUUGAUUUUAGAUGUGUCUGUGACAUCUUUCAUUGAUGGAUGAAAGAUUUUGCACUGAUGUUUAUUUUAUUAGCCAGCCCUAUUUGUUUCUGAGAGAGAGCAUACAUUUUAUCCAGUAGCAUGAAAUAAUGAAAGAUAAUCGUUACCUUGGGAUUAUGUAUUUUCUGAAUUAGAGAAAUUUUAUGUUACACUACAAAACAUAUUUCUUUAUCAUUUUAUUUUACAAACAACUCCCAUUAAGCAUUUAAGUGAAGAAGUUAAUGUUAUUGGCAUUUUGAUAUUACCUUUAUUAGUAUUGGGGCAGUUUUUGAAACUAUCUUCUCAAGCCUGUUUUGGGAAUUUAAAUCAUUUUAAUAGUUUUUUUUCUCUUUUCAAACCUUCUUAUUUAAUGUGUGAUGGACUUAAAUGGGAAAAGAUUCCAAGAAAAUAAUGUGUUUCAAUUAUGCCUUUUAAUUCAAUUCUGUAUGAUUACCAUCAAUCAUAGAUUGUCAAUCCACAAAGUAUCAGAUAUAUAUUCUGUUAGGCAAUUUUUUCAACAGUACGCAUUCAAAAUUAUAUUGUGAAGAAGGUAAUUUAUGCCCUUAUAAGAGUUAAUUUUAGCACACUAAAUACUUACACCAAAUUCUGAAAUCUUGCCUCCUUUUACUACUUGAAAGUCAAGAAAUAUAAUGAAGACCAAGUACUCUUAGUAUAAUUUAAGUACACUUGUUUAAGAGGGAUUUUAGAAGCAUAGAGGGAAAAUAAUUCCUUUUCCGAAAAAGUUAUCCUUCCUCCUAAACAUAUGGCCAAUCCCAUGUAUAAGUCAUGGAAUGGAUAUGAAAACUAGCCUUGCCUAGAUCCAAAGUGGAUCAGCAUGUGGGCAGUGAGCGGACACUCUGCUAUGAAAGAGGGAACGUGCCUUCAGGCCUUACAAGGACUUCCUAAGAUGACAAAGUGACCCUCCAUAACUGCCUGCCCCCACCCCCGUGCCAGGAGGCUGAGCUUAGUGGAAGCAGAUAAGAGGGGCCACAAAGGUCUGGAAGAACAGGAGUCAUAAACAUAUUUUCAUUUUUCUCUUCUCAGAAUACCAAAGGUGAUUAAACUCAAUUACAAACUUUCCAGUUUCUUGUUUUGCUUUGUUGUGAAUUUGAAAAUCAUUUCCUCCAACAAAAGUAUCUUCCUCCCAACCUUGGCUUACCUGUGACUUCCCUGCUUUCUUCUUUGGACACCCUCCAGGACUUUGCCUGUGUAGAACUUAUUCUUAUCCUGGAAUGUCCAGGGCCAUCUGCCACUUUGCUGGGUAACCUUGAACAAUUUACCAAGCCUCUCUGGUCCUACACUUCUUCCUCAUUAAACAAGGGGUUCGAGCAACAUGAUCUGUGAGAUUUCUCCUGACUUUAAAAUCCUCUCUUUUUGUCCUUGAUGGGGAGGGAUGGGUAGUUCUCCAUGUACUGCCUCCAUAGAACCUAAACACCUUGCUUAGAGAGGUGUAAGCCUUUGCCAGGUAUGUGCAUAGCAGGUAAUGCUAUCCAUUGGGGCACGCAACCAACCAAAAAGUAACUUGUCAUGAAGGAGAAUCCAUCUAGUCUUGAAUCUUUAGCUUUUACAGCCAUUUUAUUUCAUUUGUAGUCUUUCUUUUGGAUUUAGGUUAAAGGAUUUUCUUGGACCCAACCAGUCUGAUGUCAUUAAAACCAGUGAGGAAUCUACAAACUGAGGCCUUGAGUGCAGUCUGAGAAAACAAAAGGUCCAUUGCAUGAGGUUCUGUGUCCCCACUGUCAUGUGUGUAGGUGUGAUUUUAGUUGUCUGUCAUCUGAUUGGGGGAGUAGGUCUUUUCACAUCGAGUGAAACAACUCUCAGAAAGCAUCUUUAAAAUAUUUUUAAGACUCAGCUGGUCACCAAAGCAGACGUGUUUGAUUGACCAGGUUAUAUCUAAAUUCUGUUACAAUUCAGUGUAGCAAAAAUAUUUUUUCCCAGUAGUGUCCAUAUGAUAGUCAUUUUUUGUAAAGAACAAAUAUAACAAUAUGAGCUGUUGUAUGUUUAUCAAUUCAUUUUUUCAGGCCCCUCUGAAACACCAAUCACAUAAACUCUAGGCAGACAGUAAGAUGCCCAUUAAAAUAUCACUACAAAAGGUUUUCAUUAUAGACUCAAAAGAAAUGAAGAAGUCAGUUUGAUACAAGGUAUGACUUUUGACUAUCUUUUGCAGUAAUCAAUCUUUGUUCUUUUAGUGUGGGUUUGAUUUUUAUAAAGAGCCAAAAGUCUUUCAGAGGCAAGUCUGGUGAAUACGUUUGGUAAUAAAGCUGGCACUCUUUUGGGCUACAGUAAGACAAGAAAUUGUCUCAAAAGGCAUUUUCAAAAGACAAAUUUCUAAAACAUGUUCAGUAGUAAUUGCACCAUUGGAAUGAAUUGAGGGCAUCGCCUCCUGCGGCGACUUUGCUCUAAAAUAGCACAUACUCCUUUGGGUUUAUAGAUUAAGGAAUGUUUGGUUUUUUUGAUACAAUAUCAGUGGGGCUUUGGGGGGGUUGGUUUUUUGUUUGGUUUGGUUUAAGUUGUUUUGUGGCCAUAUCUUAUUAACUUUGUUGAAAGGGGAAAUAAUGCCCUUUCCUAGCUUUAUUAUAGAUUGCCACAUUAUUUUCCAUUUUCUUUAGAUAAGACCCUAUUUUUCUGAAUACCUAUGCUUUCUCCUCCCCUGAAAUCUCAUGUCAUCAAAUAUGCUUACAGAGAGAGUUCUCUCAACCUCAGGGGCUUGGAAAUUCUGCCUACAACUCCCAUGUCUCUUUCGCAAUCACACUUUGAAUCACAACUUUUGUAUUUUUGUGAAGAACAAGAGGGAUUUCACACAGAAAAGGUUGUUCAUUUUCUUGGAGAUGAUCUAGCCUCUUUUAGAUUAAAGAUCCAGGCAAAGAUUAAUAAUUUGCCCAUUCCUAAUCCUCAGUCCUGGGCAUCAAUCUGUUUCUUCCCAUCCUGGGCAUCAAUCUGUUUCUUCCCAAGGGUUCCUUUACCUAGAUCUGAUCAUCCUGUGUUCCUCUGAAUAAGACAUUUUUCUGGGUUUCUUCAAAUAAAUGGUUAAUAUCCUCUUAGUUACCUUUGCUUGUGUCUUGGAGUGGAAGAGAUUUAUGAAUGAAAAUAGUAUAGGAGAAACCCCCAACCUUCUUAAAUCUAAUAGACAGUCAUAACUGUUUGCUAAUGGAGGGUUUAGUAAUAUAGCAGUACUACAUAACUUAAUUUAUUUCAAAUAAUACUGCAUAUUUGAAUUCCUAUAGAAAGUUGACAUAAUGAGAUGUGAGCCAUGCUGUAAUUCUUUCUCUAUAGAAAUAUAACUUAACCAAGUGAAGCAUAUUUAUUAAACCACUCACUAGCCUCCCAGUGGAGAUCUGGGAAGUUAAGAAAUGGCUACUAGUCUAUAUAAGUAACUGAAGGACAGAUACCUUUAUUGGGGUGAAGAGAGAAUAUUAUAUGAUUCUUAUUGGAGAAGCUUCACUAAAAUGUCUGUCCUCAAAAAAAUCAAACUAAGAUAAAUACUGCAGAGAAUGUUAGCUCUUCAAUCCACAAUCUCAAAUAAGUAAUUUUAACCUUUAGGUAACUGUCUUGUACUUCCAUUUCCUUUUAUUAUUUCGAGCAUGGAAAUAAAGUUGUUUCAAAUAAAAAUUUAGGAAAUACUUUCAUCCUUAGUUACUCUCCAUUUCAGUAGUUCCCCCAAGCUUAUCCACUCUAAAAUGUACAGUCCUCUUCAUAAAACAGACUUUACAUGGCUGACUGCAUAGGGGUGUGUGUGUAUGUGUGUGUGUGUUUGUGUGUGUGUGUGUGUGUGUGUGUGUGUGUGUAGUAUGUGGGAUUUUUAAACUCACUACAGUCUGUGUUUGGCAUGCUGAACACAGAAGUACUGGUUUUGACCACACAGAUUCCAAGCUGAGUAUUUACAGUAACCAAAUAGUGAGAGGGAGGCCUUUUGGAUAAAGUACAUUUUCAAGGUGAUUUUCUGUUACCUCAGCUCAUUCAGGUCAGCAGGAUGGAGAAGAUUCUGCUGAAUGAUAACAAGAGCCAGCUGAACAUUUUUGUUAGAGUAACUGUGAUGCUUAUUUUCAUUUGACACCUUUGUUACUUGUUGAGUCAGCUAAUUUGUAUGCGUGUGUGUGUGUGUGUGUGUGUGUGUGUGUGUGCUCGCGGGCGCGUGCAUGGGUAUGUUUAAAGAAAGGGAUAUAUCUAUGUGUAUGUUUUGUCUAAAGUUAGACUUUGUGGCAUCUUCAGAACAGAAUCCAUUAAUGUUCUUUGAUUAGGUGUGGCUGCCAUUGAAACUGAGUGUGGGGGUGGGGCCAACUGCCAUCUGCCCCUUCCCCAAAGCUUUGUUUCCAUGUUCAAACAAGCAAACAAGACCAUACUGUCCUUUUCAGUGCAAUGUCAUUGUGAUGCCACGUCUCUGAAGCCUUCUUGAUAAAGAAGGCACUCCAGGGUGUCAGAGUGUUCUUGAUUCUCUGAGUUUAUCCUGCUCCCUCAGAGGAAGCUCAUGCUUUCACACUUCCAUACCCUGUGCACUACAAGUACACGGCUGCUCUGAUCUCAGUGUUACAGAGAAAUACGCCCUGUGAAAGGAAGAAAGCAGCAAAACUCAUGGAAGACAAAGACAUCUGCUUUUGUGUUUUCUGUUGGUCAGCCUGUUGAGAUUUUGUCAGCUGCAGAGGUUGAGUUGGUCCCCAUGUCUUUAGCAAUAAGCCCUACUUUUAAAACUACAGAGAAAAUGCUGUUUAAAAUUUACUUAUUGGCCCCUCUUUAGAUAAAUUGUUCAAAAAGGUUCCCUCAUUGUCUUCCCUCUCCACCUCCCUCCACUCCCUUCAGCCUUUGUUUUGUUGAUGCUCAUUAUUAUCCAGGGUAAUGUAGUCAGUCCAAUGAGAGAUCAUGCCAUCCUUAUUCAUCAUCAUAUCUUUAAAGUUUAAUAAAUCCAUUUUUAACUUGGUUUGGCUUCAGUAACUGAAGAAUUCAUUACAAAAUUCUAGCUUGAUCACCAUAUUGCUAAGAUAAUACUUUUCUAUGCACAGAAUGUGUUUGAGAUGAUAGAUUUUUCAGUAAGAGAUCUAGCAAAUAUUUUGCUAUUUUCUUAAAUUCCUAGAAUAGAAGCUUGUUUUCAGAGUGAGCAGGGUAUAACCAUCCCUUUUCUAUUAAUAAGCUGCUGUUUGGAGUCCUAGCGGUCUACCUCUAGUCUCAACCCUGUGGGUGCUUAAACACAUUUAUCUGCAAUGAAUUUUGACAGCUCUAGACUCCUUUAGUUUGGAGCUGUGGAAGAAGCUCCACAGAAUCCAUUGCAAAUUACACAGCCCAGAACUCGGUGGUGAGAAGCCACGUGUUUAGUCAAGAAAGAACUAGUAAUCAUGGAUCUAGUGGUUAGUAUUUGGUUGGUUUAAAGGGGAUCCUUAAUUUUAAUGACUGAGUUGGACUACCACCCCACAGUAUCAGUAGUGGGAUGGCAGCCCCACUACCUAAAAUUCACUUUUCUCACAAAAUUUAAGUGGGAUAGUUAUUGGUCUAAUGCAAGGACAAAUUUCUUAUUACCAGUUAAAGCUGUCUGAAAUGGAAUGGGCCACUUCAUGAGUUUCAUUUUCUCCAUCACUGGAGGUAUUCAAACAGAGGACAGUUAACCAUGUCUCAAGGAUAUCAAAGAAGGGGUUCAUCAACCAGGCAGGAAACUAUGUUCCAUGACUUCUAAGGGCCUUUUCCAAUUCUAGGAUUCUGUGAUUCUAACCUAAAUGAGAUAUUCACCGGCUGCUCCAAAACUGGUUUCCAAUCAUGUCCUCCAUAUGUAAUUUUUACAGAUUAAAAAUAAUAUUGUAUAUAAAAGAUCAAAUAAAGAUGUUCUUUAAGUGAAAAAAA